AUGGAGAACAUCAAUAUAUCGGAGCUCGUGGAGCGACUGGGGAGCGAUGAGGAUGCGGUACGGAAGAUGGCUGUGUUCAAGCUGCAGUCGAAUAUAGGGGACCCUUCGUUCGCGGACAUAUUCAUCUCAGAGGGAGGGUUGACCAAGUUGAAGCACCUCGCGAUGACGGCCUCAGGGAAUACCCUCGCAUACAGUCUUACCUCGUUCGCAAGAUUGUUGGAAGUGGACAAGGGAUGGGAGUUUGUAGAGACCGAUCUGAUUGAGAGAAUUGUCCAGCUUAUCGUCACGCAUCCCCUUGUUAAUAUCCUUCGCGGCGCAAUGUCUAUACUCGUCUCGAUCGUUUCACAUCCCCAUACCUCUGGCCGCGCAUCGGUACCUGGAAUGUUUGGCUUCCACGCCCUCAAACCCGCCAUCGCCAUCCAUCCGCAGUUUCUGGAAAUGCUAGUGAGAAGGCUAUCCUCAGCCGACCAUGCUCUGUGCGCCAAUGCCUUGCAACUGAUCAAUUCCUUGAUGAGGGACUCCAUCUCGAACCAGGGCGAGAACGAAUGGCCCAAGUUUAUCAAGCGAUUACAGGAUCUGGGAGUGAUACGCGCUGUAUACGUGCUUAUGCAGGGAAGUGCUUUGCAGGAUUUAGCUCACCCGCUCAUUGAGUUUCAGUCCCUUACGAAAGUGCUAUUGCGGAAAUGGAGAGAGGUUGCCGUUGAGCUGGAAAGACCGGAGCACCGGCGGGCGCUAAAGGGAAUCCACCUGGCUAGUAACCCUGAUCGAACAGAGAAGGAUUCCGCUCCUGAAAAGGAGCCCACUGCUGAAAAGGACGCAGCCGAAGAUAAAGCUGGGGAUGCUUCUCUUCCCAACAAGUCGUCCAAGAGGCAUCAUCCUCAUAAAUGGCGACGGCUGGGCUUCGAGACUGAGAGCCCUCAGUGGGAGUUCCAGGAGAUGGGAUUCCUGGGCAUGAUGGAUUUGACAGAUUAUGUCAGGAGAUAUCAAGAUGAGUUCCAGAAGAUGCUCCUGGAACAAUCUACCCGGCCGGCUGAGCAGAGGUGUCCGAUCGCUCGUGCCUCGCUAGCGGUAACAUCCGUGUUGUACGAGCAUUUCGAAGUAGACAAGGCCGAGAUAGAUGACCCAAAAAGCUACCUUGCCCUUGAAGCCAAGACGAAUUUUGAUAAGCUGUUCAAACCCAUUCUCCUCCACUGGCCUAGACUGCAUGUUGCUGGUUUGCACGCAUUCUUUCGACUCUGGAAAUCAACUGCGGCCGAACUGGAAGACUUCUCUAAGAUAGUAGAGCUGGUUCGAAUAUUGGUCGAGAGUGUCAUAGGUGGAGCCUCGCGUGUCAAGGACGUGCUGGAAGUGGAAGAGGAAAUGGCUGAUUUCGAGUAUCAGCGGCUAAGGGAGCUUCAAAUGGAGCUGCUGGAGCUCACAUACGAAGACGUAUGGGGCCAACAUCUGCAUCAGGUUCGGGAAGAACUGCACCAUGAAGCAUUGCAGUUUGUCAAGGAGCAGCGUGUUAGGUGCUUAUUGCAGGGUGCGUGGUUUCCAAUUUCCGAGUUGAGCUCCAAGGCGACCAUCGAUAGCAAUGGGGCGUCGGAAAAGCGAACAGCGCCAGCAUACCAUAGAUAUAUCCAACUCUCGCAUAACCGAAGAUACCUACACUACGGAGAUUUUGAAUCCAUGAGUGAUAACUUUAAGCCAGAGCUGGAUUCCUUAUCUAACAAGAUCGUCUCAAACGUAUCAGCCUCUCCGGACGAUUCAUCUGGCUCGACAAUCAAGACUCUCCCUCAAACGGCGAGUGCAUCAACGAAAAUUACCAUCCACGGCCUUGCCAAAUCUAGCUCAUCCCACUCACACAGCACUCAAGGCCUCAGCCGGUCAGAUAGUAGAACAACCGGUUAUCAUCGUCGUGAUGAUGAGGAGACCGAUGGCCAAAGUGAAGUUGCCUUGCUCACUCUUUACCCACAAUCACAUAGUAUAGCAUCGGAGUGGCUGGACGGGCUUCUGAUGAUUCUCAAUCAACAGCCCAUAACGGCAGAAACUAAUAAACUGAUCAAUUUGAUCAGCAACUACGGUCUGAAAAUCAGACUGCUGAACGUACGGUUUGACGAUGCUGCCUUUACUGGUGACUGUCCCGAAGUUCCCAGUCGGGAGGGACUGGACGAGGACUACUAUUAUGAUAUUUUUGGAGGGAACUGA